GCAGCUGCUGUCGGAUCGCUCGCUCCCUCCCUCUCUCUUCAGCAGCGGCAGCAGCAGUGUCUCCUCCACUCUUCAGCCUGGAUGUCGUAGCAGAUCCGCUGUGCUGCUGCAACAGAUGUCUGAGCCAGCUGAGUAGAGGACUUUCCUCAAUGCCCGUGCUCACUGCCUGCAGCCAUGAAUGGUGGAGCCUGUAUGUGGGCCAUCACUCCGGAGGAGAGGGGGAAACACGACAAACAGUUUGACACCCUCGCCCCCGUCCUCGGCUAUGUCUCAGGAGAACAAGCAAGGAAAUUCUUCCUCCAGUCUGGCCUGCCUCCUUCUGUCCUGGCUGAAAUCUGGAGCCUAGCUGACAUGGAUGGUGAUGGGAAGAUGGACAGACAGGAGUUUUCCAUAGCUAUGAAGCUCAUCAAACUCAAGCUUCAGGGGCGGAACCCACCCUCCUCCCUGCCGAUCGUCAUGAAGCAGCCUCCUGUCUCCAAUUCGGUUUCUACCGUACCUUCAUCCGCACGUUUUGGAAUGGGUUCAAUGCCAAACCUGUCCAUUGGUCUGUCAUCCAUGUCCAUCCUAACACCCAUGUCAGCCAACCCCCCCAUGCCCUCUGUACCUGUACAACCCCUGAUGCCAACACCAAUGACUCUGCCCCUCAUCACCUCCCUGGGAAACGCUGGACUCCCCAACGGCAACAUUAACCUCCUCACCCCUCCACUUGUUCCCAACAAUGCAGCGCUCCCUCUCUCUGGCUUCUCCUCACCCAUGGCCUUCUCUCCAAACACUGGCAUGUCAAAAGCCAACUCUCUCCUGGACCUUGGAUCCAGCAGUUCGAAUUCUUCCUCGACCACGUCUUUGGCCAGUAGCUCUCCAAAGACCGGUGCAAGUGACUGGGCCGUACCGCAGGCCUCCAGACUCAAGUACCGUCAGCAGUUCAACACGCUGGACAAGCUCAUGAGUGGCUACUUAUCAGGACCUCAGGUUAGAAAUGCAUUGAUUUCAUCAAACCUGACGCAGACGCAGCUAGCCACCAUCUGGACCCUGGCAGAUGUGGACAGGGAUGGUCAGCUACGAGCCGAUGAGUUCAUUCUGGCCAUGCACCUGGUGGAAAUGGCGAAAACUGGUCGACCUCUUCCACUCACCCUGCCUCAAGACCUGGUGCCUCCUUCUCUCAGAGGAGGAGUCAAGUCCAGUGAGCUUGUCAAUGGAACGGGGCCCUACAUAACUCCCUGUUUAAUUGACACAACCGAGCCAGAACCUCUGCAAAAAGGCAAGAGCAGUGUGUCCUUUGAAGACAAGCUGAAAGAGAACUUUGCACGAGGCAGCGCCGAGCUGGAGAAGCGGAGACUGGCUCUGGAAGAUGAACAGAGGAAAGAGAGAGAGAGGAGGGAGAGGGAGGAAAGGGAUGCCCAGGAAAGGAGGGAGAGGGAGGCCAGGGAGCAGGAGAACCGUAGGAGGCUGGAGGAGGAGAGACGGUUGGAGAGGCAGAGAGAGAUGGAGAGACAGAGGGAGGAGGAGAGACUGCGGGAGCUGGAAAGGAAAGAGGCAGCAAAGCAGGAGAUGGAGCGCCAGCGAAGGGAGGAGUGGGAACGGGGGAGAAAGGAGGAGCUGGGCAGGAGGAGAGAGGGGGAGCAGGAGGAAAUCUCUCACCUCAGGGCCAAAAAGAGAAGUCUGGAGUUGGAGCUGGAGGCUGUGGGCACCAAACACAAGCAGAUCUCAGACCGGCUCCGUGACGCGCAGAGCAAAAGGCGGAUUCAGAAGGCGGAGGUGGACCUCGUCAACCAGAAGAGGGACGCACGCAUCGCGGAGAUCAACACACUGCAGCUACAGUUUGAGGAGUGGCAGAGGAAGCUCUCACAGCUGGUUCCAGAGCAACAGAGGCUGACUGAGAAGCUGCGAAACAUCACCCUCAACAAACUCCCAGCGGAGUCUUUGACCAAUCUGACCACAAGUGUAACAGAGAAAAGUGUGAACUGCCGGAGGCUGAAAGACCAACUCGAUACCCUGGAGAGGGAGACGACGGACAAAUUGUCCCAGAUGGAGCAGUACAACAAAGAGCUUAAGCUUGGGGAUAUGGAUGACUGUGUCCUGCGGGGCCUUCUGUCUCUCCUGGCCUGCCUCAGCCAGCUCUUCCUUCUCAUCAAGGAGCUGAGGGAGAAGCAGGUGAAGCAGCAGACUGUGCUGGACGACCUGUACAGAGUCAAAGAGGAGAAACUCAGGGAGCUGCAAAGGCGCAGGGAGGAGGAGAGAGAAAGGAAGAGGAAGGAGGACGAGGAGGAGAGGAAGGAACAGGAGCGGAGAGAGCAGGAGAGGAAGGAACAGGAGCGGAGGGAACAGGAGAGAAGGGAACAGGAGCGGAGGGAGAAGGAGGAGGAGGAGGCCCGGCAGAGGAAGCUCCUGGAGGAGCAGAGGGCCAGACAGAGGAAGGAGGAAGAGGAGAGGGAGGCACUGGCUUGCCUCCGAGCAGCCCAGGAGAAAGCGCGGGAAGAGGAGAGCCGGAGAAGGCGAGAGGAGGAGGAAGAGAAGAAGAGGAAAAAGGAGGAGGAAGAAAGAAAAUGGAAAGAGGAAGAAGAGAGGAGGAGGAAAGAGGAUGAGGAGCAGCAAAGAGGGCAGCAGCUGGUGUCGGUGGGAAAGCGGUCGGUGAAGCUGACCCCGUACAGAGCCCUGUACUCAUUUGUCGCCCGCAACGCGGAUGAGCUGAGUAUAGACGGGGACUGUCUCAUAGAGGUGGAUGAACAGACUGUUGGUGAGCCUGGGUGGUUGUGCGGGAGUUACCGUGGAAACAGGGGCUGGUUCCCCCAGAGUUAUGCAGAGAAAUGUACCGCACACUCCUCUUCUGAGACGGUCCCCUCUUCACCUGUGAAAACCUCCUGUCCGCCACCGCUUCACGCAAGAAUCCCUGGUGGUGAGGGAACGGGCGAUAAUGCUGCUCCUGUCCAAUCCGUUGCUUUACAGUCCUCGGCGUGUGCGGUGGCCCGUGCCGUCUCCUCGUGGUCGGCCACCUCGGACACAGACCUCAGCCUCGGCUCCGGUGAGUCCGUCACCGCUCUGCUGAGCUUCUCACAAGGUGACGUCAUCACUGUGCUGCAGCAGCGGGACCAGUGGUGGCUGGGGCAACUCAACGGGACGCAGGGAUGGUUCCCCCAAAACUAUGUCACUUUGGAGACGGGCGGAAUUACAGAUGUAGACGCGUCUGACGCGGGCGACUCAAUUCCACUAGAGGAGUAUGUGGCCUUGUACACGUAUGAGAGCCCGGAGGUGGGGGACCUGACAUUUGUUGAAGGGGAUGUUGUCAUGGUGACGGAGAGAGAAGGAGAGUGGUGGCGAGGCUCUAUCGGGGACCAGACCGGGGUGUUCCCCUCCAACUAUGUCCGGCCUGUCGAGCCAGAGGCGUCAAAAGCUGGAGUUUCAAUCAAGAAACCUGAGAUUGCCCAGGCGCUCACCACCACCGCUAACCCUACUGUAUAUCAGCUACAUCUGUCCCCGGGGCAACUGAUCGUGGUCUUGGCCAAGAACUCCACCGGCUGGUGGCUGGGAGAACUGCAGGCUCGGGGUAAGAAGCGGCAGAGAGGCUGGUUUCAUUCAUCUCAUGUCAAGCUCCUGGGUCCCACGUGCAACAAGUCCUCCCCCUCCCCUCUGCCCGUGUGCCAAGUUAUUGCGAUGUACGGCUACACCGCCGCCACUCGGGACGAGCUGAGCUUCACGAAGGGUCAGCUGAUCAACGUUCUGGACAAGACAAACCCCGACUGGUGGAAGGGAGAAGCCAACGGGGUCACAGGCCUGCUGCCCACUAAUUAUGUCAAGAUGACGACAGAAUCGGAUCCCAGCCAGCAAUGGUGUGCCAACCUGAUGACGUUGGACACCAUGACUCCUCAGGAGAGGAAGAGGCAGGGUUACAUCCAUGAGCUCAUCCAGACUGAGGAGACGUAUGUGGAGGAUCUGGAGCUGGUUCUAGAGGUGUUCUACAGGCCCAUGUCUGAGUCAGGACGUCUCACAGAUGCAGAGAUGGCUGUUAUCUUCGUUAACUGGCGGGAGCUGAUAAUGUGCAAUACUAAACUUCUUAAGGCGCUGCGCGUGCGGAAAAAGACGGGAGGAGAGAACAUGCCGGUGCAGCUCAUAGGAGACCUGCUGGCAUCGGAGCUUGCGCACAUGCAGCCCUACAUCCGCUUCUGCUCGUGUCAGCUCAACGCCGCCGCCCUGCUGCAGAGUAAAACCAACAACCAGCCCGACUUCAAAGACUUCCUCAAGAAGAUCGCCACUAACUACCGCUGUAAAGGAAUGCCACUGUCCAGCUUCCUCCUCAAGCCCAUGCAGAGGAUCACACGCUAUCCCCUGAUUAUCAAGAACAUCCUGGAGCACACGCCCGAUGGCCAUGCAGACCGCGGGCCACUGAGAGAGGCACUGGAGCGAGCGGAGGAGCUGUGUUCCCAGGUCAAUGAGGGCGUCAGGGAGAAGGAGAACUCUGACCGGCUGGAGUGGAUUCAGAGCCACGUGCAGUGUGAGGGCGCUAUAGAGCACUUGGUGUUCAACUCGCUGACUAACUGCCUCGGGCCUCGCAAGCUGCUCCGCAGUGGUCGGCUGCACAAGACCAAAAGCAGCAGGGAGCUGUGGGCUUUCCUCUUCAAUGAUUUCCUCCUCCUGACGCACAGCGCUAAGCCCUUCUCCUCCUCAGGACCGGACAAGCUCUUCAGCCCCAAGACCAGCAUCCAACUGAAGAUGUACAAAACACCACUGUUUCUGAAUGAGGUUCUGGUGAAAACGCCUCCCGACCCGUCCAGCGAUGAGCCGCUCUUCCACGUCUCGCACAUCGAUCGUGUCUAUACACUCAGAACUGAGACCUUAAACGAGAGGGCAACGUGGGUUCAGAAGAUUAAAGCAGCAUCGGAACUUUUUAUAGAAACGGAGAAGAAAAAGAGAGAGAAGGCUUAUCAAGCGCGCUCUCUGAAAAGCAGCGGCAUCGGCCGACUGCUGGUGACUGUCACUGAAGCUCAAGAGCUCAAGGCCUGUAAACCCAACGGUAAGAGUAACCCCUACUGUGAGCUGACGAUGGGGGCUCAGUGCUACACCUCGCGGCCCGUCAGCGACACGCUGAACCCCAAGUGGAACUUCAACUGUCAGUUCUUCGUCAAAGACCUCUACCAGGACGUCCUGUGCAUCACUGUGUUUGAGAAAGACCAGUUCUCACCAGAUGAUUUCCUUGGACGGACCGAAGUUCCCGUGGCAACCAUCAAAAAAGAGAUGGAGAGCAAAGGUGCCGCAAAUCGACGCCUCCUACUGCACGAAGUCCCCACUGGAGAAGUGUGGGUCAAACUAGACCUGCAGCUGUAUGAGCCAACUAAAUGAGGACGAGCGGACGGAUUAACGCUCCCUCCGUCCCUCAGGCACAGACAUUCGUUUUUAUUGUUAUCAACCAAAGACAUUUUCAACCUAACGGCCUAAAAAAAGUGCCUGUUUGUAGCUGGGAGAGCAUUGCAAUGAAAAACUGAUUUUUUACCAUCACUGCCUUGCUCUCGCCUUGAGCCAUGCAGACUCAUUUUAAAUGACCUCAAACUGACACAGUUAAAGGGACUUUGCAAGUGAAAUGUCCUCAGAGGUAGUCACUUAUUGUGGGAAAGGGAAUUUUACUGCAAACAAAUCAGCAAAACAAAACCUGAUUAUAAUUGCCAAUACUUGAAUGUUUAAUAGCCUUAAAAUGCAACCAAGUCAUUUUCCUAUACAAAAUUGCAUUAUUUUUAUAUCACACAUGCAAAAUCUGUAUUCUAAUUCAAUCUAAACGAGGGAAUGCGGCUUUUCCAACAUGCGUUCGCCCUGCCACAUGUAUACUCAUACACUUUACACACUUUACACUUUAAACAUUCCCAUGUUGCACACUACUGUUACGAUGUAAUGUCAGAGGUUACCCUUAUGGUGUACGCAAGAGUGCCAUGAAAUCCUGAAAAUGGCAUGAAUAUAAUAAAAUGUACAUAGAGUAA